AUGGACGCAUCCGUAGAUAUAGAAACUGAUACAUGCAUGCAAAGAUCUCCAAACUCGACAGAGAUAGAGACUUUGCAUAUUUGCAAGCAUGCACUCCAAAACACGUGCAGCCAUUUUGUCCAUUUCCAUUAUUUUCUUCUUGUCUUUGCCUUCUGUUCUUCAUUCUUUCCGAUUUCAAAAGCUGCCACUCCCUUUUCCCGCAUCAGGCCCGAGUCUUCUGCUUUUGAUGCUGCUGGUGGUGGCCCUUACACUGGUGUUGCUGAUGGUAGAAUUCUCAAAUACCUUAACCAAGUUGAUGGUUUCGUAGAAUAUGGUGUCACUUCACGCAAUUGGUCCCGCGCACUGUGUGUUAGCAACAUCAACCCAGCUCUAGGACCUACAUGUGGGAGGCCAAUAGGUUUGGGGUUUAAUAACUUUACAGGCAGCCUCAACAUUGCUGAUGCUUACCUCGGCCUACUGGAAUUGCCGGCAAAUCAGACAGUUGCAACGCAACUUGCCACAAGUGCAGACGGUGUACCCUUUCGCUUCCCCGACGGAUUGGACGUUGAUCCUCUAACUGGAGAUGUGUAUUUUACAGAUGCUAGUGCUGUUUACCAAAUAAGUCAACUUCAACUUGCAGUUGCUUUAAACGAUUCAACAGGAAGAUUGUUGAAGUAUGACAUUAAAACCAAAAGGGUUACAGUGUUACUCAAGGGGCUUGCUGGUGCAGCGGGGACUGCAGUGAGUUCUGAUGGCAGUUUCGUUCUUGUGACUGAGUUUAUUGGUCAAAGAAUUCAGAAGUAUUGGCUCAAAGGUCCAAAAGCCAACACAACAGAAGUUAUCAUCACCUUCCAUGGGAGGCCAGACAACAUUAAGAGGAACCCGGGUGGAGAUUUUUGGGUGGCAGUGAACCAGAAGACACUUAUUCCACUAAUUAUGCUGCCCGAGGGAAUCAGACUUGAUGCAAAUGGUACUAUUAGGGAAUCACUGCCGAUAUCUGUCCAGUACGGACUUCAAUCAAUCAGUGAAGUUCAGCAAUUUUCCGGGAAACUUUACAUAGGAUCACUGUAUGGAAAUUUCAUUGGUACCUACGAGUAGAACAGUCCAUGCAAUGGCGAAUUAAUAAGGGUCCUGAAAGAAAAAAGAAAAUAAUAAUAGUAAUUCCUGAAGUGGCAGCCUGAAUACAAAUACAUACGUCUAAAUAAAGUUGUAAUAAUGCAGGGAAAUUUCCUGUCACCUGUUGCUUGAAAUCAGUAGUAAAGUAUUUACUAUUUAGUAUUAUUA